GUGCCCUCUUAUAUGUCUUUCUCCUUGGAUAGGAAGUUGAUAAAAUAAUAAGUUAUAUCUUUUUAUUAUGUUCGUGUAUAUGCUUUUGUUCACAAACAAUUUAUCUGAAGUAGCUUUUGUAUACAAUUAAUUAUUAUUAUUGAAGAUGGUUUUACAUUUUUGAUUUGAAGUUUGAUUAAUUAUAAUUAAAUCCUGCAACAGUAAGUAAGAAAAAUAAUUUCUCGAGUAUGAAUAAAUUGAAAUAUGAGCGCAGAUGAUAUCCGACGGUCCAAAAUCCACCCAAUUCCAAAUCUUGGAAGACGAAAUAGAAGCCUCAUCUUCAAAAUCAGCAGAGAGAGGCCAGGAAACGGGCUACGCCGCUAUAAAAGUUGGGGGAAAUAACACAUCCACCCACUCCAGUGUGAGAGAUUAAAUGGCUUCCUCAAUGCUCUCCACCGCUGCCACCGUCGCCCCUGCUCAAGCCAGCAUGGUGGCUCCUUUCACCGGGCUCAAGUCCGUCUCCGCCUUCCCCGGCAGCCGCAAGAGCGCCGACAUCACCAGCAUCGCCAGCAACGGCGGCAGAGUCUCGUGCAUGCAGGUGUGGCCGACGGAGGGACUGAAGAAGUUCGAGACGUUGUCGUACUUGCCCCCUCUAUCAAGGGAGCAACUGUUGAAGGAAGUUGAAUACCUGAUCCGCAAGAACCUGAUUCCAUGCCUGGAGUUCGAGCUGAAGGAUGGAUUCAUAUCCCGGUUCAACAACAGAUCUCCCGGAUACUACGAUGGAAGGUACUGGACAAUGUGGAAGCUGCCCAUGUUUGGCUGCACUGACCCCGUGCAGGUGCUCAAGGAGUUGGACGAGUGCUCCACUCUUCACCCCAACGCCUUCAUCAGAAUCAUCGGAUUCGACAACGUUCGUCAGGUGCAGAUCAUCAGUUUCAUCGCCCACAGGCCGCCGGGCUUCUAAGCAACAUUGUCUCUUCCAGUGGAAUGGAUUUUAUCUUAUCUUUUCUUUUCCGUAUCCAAUUUGUGAAUUUUCCUAUUCUCUUUGUCUUCCGAUGGAAUAGGAUUUGAAUGUAUGAGGAUAAAUAUGAUGAACAAUUAAUCAUUGCUUUACCCAAUAAAUUGUAACGCGUCUUUGUUUAGUCA